AUGGACUUCUCUCUGAAAGCAAUUGCUGCUUACGUUGCAAUUUCCAUCGCAACUCUCAUCGUUGGCCAGCUCAUCAUGGGUUUCUUCGGCAGCAACAAGUUCCCCGUAGAGGGCAAGACAGUCCUCAUCACCGGCGCUUCCGAGGGCAUGGGUCUCAGCGCAGCCACCCAACUCUCGGCCAAGGGCGCAAACAUCGUCCUCGUCUCUCGUAGCAUAGCCAAACUCGAGGCCGCUCUUAGCACCGUCAAGGCUGCAGCUAAGAACCCCGAAACACAACGCUUCUACUACAUCGCCGCCGACGUCUCUGCCGAAUCCUACGCCAAACCUCUCCUCGAACAGGUCAUCAGCUGGAACAACGGAAACGCCCCCGAUAUCGUUUGGACCUGCGCCGGACUGUCCUUCCCCGAAUUGUUUGUCGACAUGGAGAUGGAGUCAAUGCGACACCAUAUGGAUGUCAACUACUGGGGAACUGCUGAGAUGGCACAUGCCAUCAUGCGCGAAUGGCUCGAUGUCUCCAAGCCUGUUGAGCAGGAGGCCAAGCACCUUAUCAUGACUGGAAGCAUCUGCGCCUCGUACUCUCCUCCCGGAUACACACCAUACACCCCCUCCAAGUACGCUAUGCGAGGUCUGGCCGAGUGCAUCCAGCAAGAAGUGCUCCUCUACCCUCAGAACGUCCAAGUCCACCUACUUUUGCCUGGCACCAUCCUAUCGCCUGGCAACAUCCGCGAGAACGUAAACAAGCCUGAAAUCACCAAGACCAUUGAGAAGGAUGACCCGAAGCAGACACCCGACGAGGUUGCUGCUCUAUCAAUCAAAGGUCUUGAGGCUGGGCAGCACAACAUCACCGUUAACUUCCUUGGCCAUCUUAUGAAAUGGUCGUCCUUUGGCGGCGCUCCGAAGAACAGCUUCCUCGAUAUUCUGGGCGCUUUCCUUGCAACAUUCGUCUGGAUCUUUGUUCGCCCCAUUCUGGAUUCACAAAUCAGGGGCCAUGGCAAAAAACAUGGUCACCCUAGCCUGCAAAAGAAGGCUCGGGACGCUUAA